GCGGAGGAGUCCCCGGCGUUUGAGCCGGUCCUGACGACUUUCCACACCGGGGCAAUCUUGGGGAUGGACGUCUGCACGAGGAAGCCCUUGGUGGUGACUUGUGGCGUGGACAAGUCCGUGCGCGUGUGGAACUACAUCGAGAAGACGUGCGACCUCUGCAAGUUCUUCAAUGAGGAGGCCUACAGUGUUGCCUUCCAUCCCUCGGGCUUCCACCUCAUCAUCGGCUUUCAGGACAAGCUGAGGCUCAUGAACCUCCUCAUGGAAGACAUGCGGACCUACAGGGACAUCCCCAUCAAGGCCUGCAAGGAGUGCCGGUUCAGUAACGGUGGCCAGCUCUUCGCGGCUGUUAGCUCGACCUCCGCGGCCCACCCGACGAUCCAGGUGUACAAGACGUACACUUGCGAGCUUGUUGAGACGCUCCGAGGCCAUAACAAUAAGGUCCGGUCCAUCGCAUGGACGGCGGACGACUCCACGAUCGUGUCAACGGGUGUCGACGGUGCUGUGUACGAGUACAACUUGCUGACCGAGGGGAGGCGUUCGCCGAACGACUUCGUCCUAAAGGGUACCACGUUCUCCUGCGUGAUUGUGCACACGGACCCGUCCACGGGGUCGAACACGAUGUAUUGUGUCGGCAGCGACAAAACUCUCAAGGAGGUGUCCGGCGGCGUGUGCCACAACAGCGUGGAGUCGCAGCAGACCCUGGGCCAGAUCGUGCUCGCCAAUUCGGCCAAGGCGCUGUUCGCUGCAGUGGCCCAGCCCGACCAGCAGGCUCCAGUGCGCUGCUACAAGUUCCCGCUGGACGGCAACUACGUCGAGUACGCGUGCCACUCUGCCCAGUGCAACCGCAUCCGCAUUACAUUCGACGACUACUAUCUCUUCACCUGUUCCGACGACGGUUGUCUCUUCAUCUUCGACGUCCGCAAGAAGGACCGGGUCGUCUCCAAGCGCGAAAAAGACAGUGCGUUGUCGUGGGCGGACGAGAUACUGGUGACCAGGACCCACCUGGACGAGAAGCAGGCGCAACUGCAGGAGCUCGCUCGUCAGGUGGAGGAACUCUCCAACCAGAUCGACUUCCAGCUCCGCCACAGGGAGAGCUACCACAAGGAGGAGAUGUCGGAGCUCGAGGAGAAGUAUACCCAGGAGAUUGAUCAGGAGCGCACCAAGCACGAGCUCCUGCGGGAAGAGAAGAAUGACGCCGAGAUGGAGGCAGAGGAGAACAUCAAGAGCCUGAUGGAGCUGCACGCGAAGCAGACGCAGGACCUGGAGGGCUCCUUCCAGCAGCAGAUGAUGCUGAAGGUGGCGGAGUACCAGGAGCUGCAGACGAGGCGCGAGAAGGCGCACAGGGAGUGGGAAAGGCAGCACGCCGAACUCAUGGACAAGCACGCCAGGCAGGUUGCCGACAUGCAGCGGGACUUCGGGGAGAAGCAGGCGCAGGACAAGGCGGCGAUCCAGCGCAUCAUGGAGGAGAAGAAGCUGGCCGAGCGGGUGCACGAGGAGACCAUGCGCCAGCUGGAGCAGGACACGGACCGCGAGAUCGAGGAGCUGAAGGACGAGAAGGAGGCCCGGCUCCAGGCCGAGCAGGCGGACAAGGUGCGUUUGCGCGGCCAGAGCGGCAUCUCCAAGCGCCACCACGAGGAGCUCAAGCGGCAGAUGCAGAAGAAGGAGGAGGAGCUGCGCCACCACAUGGAGGAGGCGCGAAAGAAGCAGGAGGCCAUAGACAAGCUGAAGAAGUCUGGCAAGGAGAACUUGAACGAGAUCCGGGAGCGCGACAAGAUGAUCGAGCACAAGGAGGAGAAGAUCUACGAGCUGAAGAAGCAGAACCAAGACCUCGAGAAGUUCAAGUUCGUGCUCGACUACAAGAUCAAGGAGCUCAAGGCGCAGAUCGACCCUAAGAAUGACAGCAUCGCCGAGAUGAAGAGGCAGAUACAGGCAAUGGAUGCGGAUCUCGAGGAUUACCACAGGAAGAACAAGCAGCUGCAGCUGAGCAUCGAGCAGCUGCACGUAAAGCAGCGCACCCUCCAGGAAGAAGUCGUGUCGCAGAGGAAGAAGAUGACAGACUGCCAAACAAUUAUAAAGAGGUUUAAGAACGAUCUGCACGAGUGCGUGCAGUUCAUCCAGGAGCCCAAGCAGCUCAAGGAGUCGGUAAUGGGGCUGCACAAGAAGUACAUGCCCAACGGCAUAAAGAAGCAGGAGCUGGACGGCGACAUCCAGCGCGAGUAUAACCGGCAGCGGGAGUAUCUGGAGAAGUCCGUGGAGAGUUUCAAGCGCAAGCUCAUCAAGGACUCCGACGUCCACCGCCAGGACAACACGCGGAUCCUCCAGGAGAACGUUGCCCUCAUCAAGGAGAUCAACGAGCUCCGCAAGGAGAUAGACUUCCUCAAGUGGAAGCGGCAGCAGCAGAAGCUCAACGUCAACUCGGCCAAGGCCAAGGGCGGAGGCACCGCUGCGAAGUCCCUGAAGGACGCCGCAGAUCCGAUGGCCGCCACCGCCGAGAUCGAGAGCAACGCAACUCAGAUCAUGGAGCUGAAGAAGCGUAUCGAGGAGCAGAGGCGCCUGCACGCCUCCUUCGCGGCGACGGCCGCGAGCCGGGACGGGCCUCUGGCCGCGGGGGCCGGCGCGGAGGGCGAGGCGUCGCAGCACCACUACGAGGUCGCGGUCAAGCCGGAGCCGUGGAAGCAGCAGACGGCAUCGGAGAAGUGGAAGCAGAUCAGCGACGAACGCUCGCACAAGGCUGCCCAGGAGGCCGCGGGCAUGCCGAGGGGCGACGCCAUGACGGACAACGAGGCGGGGGCGAGCCUGCAGUCCAGGGACAUCGACGACGACAGAGACGUCUUCGACGACAGAGACGCCUUCGACGACAGAGACGUCUUCGACAGAGAUUUCUACGAGAAGAGCAAAACUCUCAAGGAGCAGUAUGCGGAGGCUGGCCUGUCGUGCAGUUGCCCGGCUGACACCACCGUGUAUUCGGAGGGCGUCCUCACGGAGGUCAUGUCGCCCGGGAUGUGGGCUGAGGCAACCUGGGACUAGGGGGGGUCCGCGCUGCCAGAGCUGCUGCGGCCUGUACAGCUAGAUUAUGCAAAGUGGGGCGCAAGCAUACACCCAUCCAUUCGGUCCCGGUUCGGUGCGGCCCUCGUUGUCGGAGCGGCCCCUCUCCGCGCGCCGAGGGCGGGGGGGGCCUCGAGGCUCUGGUCUCCCCCGCCCUCUCGCACACGCGCGCGUGCGCACGAGGCGUGGAUUUGGAUGCCAGAUGCAGCUGUGUGCGAGUCGCGGCUUCCCGCUGGCGGCUGCUAUUUGGCUGGCGUGGACCAAUCCACUGUCGGCAUCAUCCAUGUGCGCUGCCGCGCAGGCGGCCGCAUUUUACCGACCGUCGACCUGCCCAGGCGUGCCGAUUAUGCUGCGCGGGAAG